AUGCAAGAAGUAAAGGGCCUCGCUUCUCAUCUCAAAAGGAAAAACAUAAAAUUUUUCCUAGGCUAAAAAAAUCAAAUUGGGGGAAUUCUACAAAACGAAGAGGGAAGAGUUAAGAUUGGUAUCAUCCAUUCUCAUGGAAGAACAUGCUUAAUCGUAACAACACCAUUCACAAUGAGUAACAGAGGCAUGUUGAGCAACCAUCACCUUCAACAACAUCAUCAACAUCAACAACAACAUUCAAACAAUAACAACAGCAGCAGUAACAAACCAGAAUGGCUACAACAAUACGAUCUAAUUGGUAAAAUUGGGGAAGGGACUUAUGGGUUAGUCUUCUUAGCUCGAGUUAAACCUCCUUCACCUCAUCGUGGCAAAUCUAUUGCUAUUAAGAAGUUCAAACAGUCCAAAGAUGGUGAUGGUGUUUCCCCUACUGCCAUUCGUGAAAUUAUGUUGCUACGAGAGAUAACCCAUGAGAAUGUUGUUAAGCUUGUGAAUGUACACAUCAAUCAUAUAGAUAUGUCAUUAUAUCUGGCCUUUGAUUACGCUGAGCAUGAUCUGUAUGAGAUCAUUAGAUAUCAUCGAGAUAAGGUAAAUCAGCCAAUCAAUCAGUACACAGUUAAAUCACUGCUUUGGCAGUUGCUGAAUGGACUCAAUUAUCUACAUAGUAAUUGGAUAAUUCAUCGGGAUCUGAAACCAUCAAAUAUCUUGGUUAUGGGUGAAGGUGAAGAGCAGGGGGUAGUUAAAAUUGCUGAUUUUGGAUUGGCAAGAAUAUAUCAAGCUCCAUUAAAGGCGCUGGCUGAUAAUGGGGUUGUGGUGACAAUUUGGUAUCGUGCUCCUGAGUUGUUGCUAGGGGCUAAACACUACACUAGUGCUGUUGAUAUGUGGGCUGUUGGUUGCAUAUUUGCUGAGCUUCUGACUUUGAAGCCAUUAUUUCAAGGUACAGAGGUCAAAGGCACACCAAAUCAUUUUCAGCUAGAUCAACUCGACAAAAUAUUCAAGGUCUUAGAAUUUGCUACCUUAGGUCAUCCUACUCCAGAUAAGUGGCCGAUACUUGUGAAUCUUCCUCAUUGGCAACAAGAUUCACAACAUAUUCAAGGGCAUAAAUAUGACAAUCCUGGACUUUAUAGUGUGGUGCAUCUCUCUCCCAAAACUCCUGCUUAUGAUCUACUAUCCAAAAUGCUUGAAUAUGAUCCUCGUAAGCGAAUAACAGCUGCACAAGCUCUUGAGCACGAGUACUUCAAGAUGGAGCCUUUGCCAGGUCGCAAUGCAUUUGUACCUACUCGACCUGAAGAGAAAGUUAUCCAUUAUCCUGCUAGACCAGUUGACAGCAAUACUCAAUUUGAAGGAACAACAAAUAUUCAACCUCCACAACAGGCCCCACCUCCAAAUGCAGUGGCUGGCAAUAUGCAAGGCUCUCAUAUUGUCCCUAAUAGAAAUGUACCUCGGCAAAUGCCACUGGUUGGUAUGCAAAGAGUGCAGCCACAAGGCAUAGCACCCUAUAACAUUUCGUCUCAGGCUGGAAUGGGUGGUGGAAUGAAUCCUGGAGGCAUGCCGAUGCAGCGAGGUGUGGCUUCUCAAGUUCAUCCACAGCAACAGCAGAGACGAAAGGAUCCUGGAAUGUUGUCUGGCUACCCUCCUCAGCAGAAGCCAAGAAGAUAUUGACUAUUGAGGCAGAUUAUGCUCUGGUUUUUGCUAAAUGAAAGAAGUUUCACAAGCUGCAGCUUUUGCUGUUAUUCAUGAAUUGAUGUGUGCUCGGAGGCAAGUUUAGAGUAUGGUCUCUGCCUUAAAAUGAGAUAUUGCAGUUGGAGACAAUGCUGGUGAAUCGUGUUUUGCUACGAAUUCAGCUGAUUGUCGGUGAGCCAAAUACUUCGCUUUAAUGAUUACUGUUGUUGCAUCAUAAGUUGCCACAACCUGUUCCAGCGCCGCUUAACAGUAGACUGGCUGUACACACUUUGUACAUGAGUCCCAAAUCCGAAACCUCCCCCCCUCUCCCUCCUAAACCUCUGUAAUUGUAUCUCUUAACAUUAGCCCUAUUUGAAUGUAUUUACCAUGAUAGCGGACUGGAUGAAUGAGAAUUUAGUUGGACAA